AUGGAACACUUCUUGAAAAUCUACAGCAAUUGCGCAACAACGUAUAUGCGACUUUAUGGGAAAAGCCCGCAACAUCGCGGCUACAAGCAAUUUAUCCUUGGGAAGGAUGUUUUAACUACUCUUGGAAUUGACGUGGGCUGUCAACUCGAGCAGUUUAAGGAAAGUGAUAUCACUGGUGGCGAAGAUUCUGAUGACAGCAAGAAUGAUCUCGAGUUUGAUGUGGAGUGUGACAACAAGGAGAAUUGCAGUUGA